AUGGCCAGGAGAUGGCAGAAGUUUGCAGCUAUGCAGAGGAGGAGGAUUUCACUUCCAAGAAAUGUCAAUGCUGCAAACAGUUGUAGUACAUCUUCAUCUUUUACAGCCGGUAAAGGCCAGUUUGUAGUGUAUACAACUGAUCAAAGGCGCUUUGUGAUUCCAUUGGCUUACCUUGAAAAUGAGGUCAUUUUGCAACUUUUGAACAUGUCUGAAGAAGAGUUUGGGCUGUCAAGUGGCGGCCCUAUUACAUUACCCUGUGAUUCAGUCUUCAUGGACUACAUCAUUUCACUAAUCAAGAAAGGUGCAGCUGGUGGAGAUCUUCACAAAGCAUUGGUCCUCUCAGUUACUUCAUGUUGUUGUUCAACUUCUUCUUUGCACCAAAAAUGGGGAAACCAGCAGCUUCUUGUUUAUUGA